AUGCCAUCUACUUCGGAAGGACAGUCCUCAGGCGAUCCUGGAGGAUAUGUCUACCGAGAUAGAGAUCCCCCACCUUCUUGGAACGGUUCCACUCCAGAGGUCUCUUUCAAGACCUGGCUUCGAGAUCUUGAGCUGUGGGAGGCCACGACGGAUAUUCCCAAGGAGAAGAGGGCGAUCAAGCUGGUUCAAGCUCUCACAGGGCCAGCAAGGGAGGCGGUGUCGUCUUUGACGCUGGCCGAGCUCCAGCAUGCGGACGGCUACAAGACGGUGAUGAAAGUGCUCAACGACAACUUUAAGCCGUAUGUGGAGACAGCGUUGCCGAGGGCCAUGGAGGGCGUGUUCUAUGGCCAGGCUAGAGGUGCCAAGGAGUCCAUCCCGGAUUACCUGGUGCGCGCGUCGCAUGCCUUGGCGGAGCUCAAAGCCGAGGGCGUGGACCUUCCGGCGAAGGCUGCCGGAUACUUGCUGUUCCGGCAGGCGAACUUGGACAAAGAGCUGGAGUCCCGUGUGGUCACGUGGUUGGCUGGCGACUACACCAAGGAUGUGGUGAUCGCCAACCUAAGGCGACUUGACCGCAUCAACUCGAGCAGCUCCGGGUCCAAGGCGAUGCUCUGGACGGAGACUGAAGAGGGCGAAGGCCAGGAGGUGUACUACGAGAACCACGAGCACUAUGGCGAGCCCGAGUUCUACCUGGAGGCGGAAGACGAAGAAGACGAGAACUACGUGUACCUAGAAGACGGCGAGCUGGACGCGGUGUACGAGGAAGGCGAUGUCAUGGAAGCUUUGGCGUCGUACCAACAUGUUCGGCAGCAGCUCAAAGAACAGCAAAAGGGCCGGCAGUACUACCAGCCGAACCUUGGCAAGAAAGGGGGCAAGAAGCUCUUCAACAAGGACGGCAAGAACACCGGCAAGCAGAGCAGCAAGUCCUUCGGCAAAGGCGGCUCGGCAUGGAAGGGGUCGCCUACGUCACGAAGAGUGCACAUAGAGCAGCUCAAGCUUAGGACUCGAUGCCGGGCUUGCGGAGAAGUCGGGCACUGGAGCAAGGAGUGUAGGCACCGAGCGGGGCCAUCGCUGACUACCUCUUCGUCAUCGUCGGGCCCGGGAGCAAGCCGAGGGUCCUUCUACUGGGCCGGCCGAAUGGAUGGCGGGUCUGGUGGAGCGAACACCUUCUUGUCCUUCGGCCAGUUCCUCAACGACAGGCCGGGCGAGUCGAUGGCGGGCGAGCUCUUCGUGGGAGUGACUACGCAGGGAUGCCACGGCCUGGUGGACACUGCGGCUCAGGAAGGCCUGGUGGGUCGUCCGGCCCUUCUUCGUUUGCUGGACCUUUUGAGGCCCCUAGGCCUAAAAGGCUGCUGGACGGACAAGGCCACCCAGGCACGCGGCAUUGGAGGAGUGCUUGAGCUGACAGUCGUAGCCGAAGACGUGCCAUUGCUGUUGCCGGUUAGUCUCUUGAGGGCCUUGGGCUCAGUCAUUGACCUAAGCAAAGACAAGAUCACCUUCAGCAAAGUGAAUGGAGAGUGCAACAUGACGACUCUUCCCUCAGGGCACGCAGCUGUGGAUGUGCUUGACUUUGGUCCUGAAGGUUGGGUGACGCCUUCCGCGUGUGCAGGGCGUCGUAUGGAGUCCGACUUUCGCACUGGGCAGGUUUUUGGCUCGAGACCAAAGACUACAAGAUCGAACAAGACUCUCACGUCCGAGGCCUAUGCUAGCUUCUCGCUCGCCGUCCGAAACUGGCGGGUUUUGUUGGACAAACUCUGCUCGCUGCUGGCCUGGGGAUACUGGCAAACCGUGGUGUCACCGUGGCUCUCUCUUCCCGGGCCAGAGUCGCAGCAGCAGCCCAGCCCUACGGAUACCACUUCGCCAGCGACCUUGACUACGAGUUCGGCUACCAGCAGGGGCCAGAUCUACAAGAACUACCUGGAAGGCGAGAGGCCCGAACAGCUGGCUUCGGUGAAAGGCGUGCCGACUCAAGAGAUUGGCCGCUGUGCUCACCCAGCUCAGCAGCUCAAAGGAGGAGGCAAUGGACACAUGAACUGGUUCCACUGCAACCUGUGCAAGGCUCGAUGGAAACUCAGCCCGAGAACAGCCGGAGCUUUGACCGGCCGACCAGUGGAGACCGUGAACCAGUCGAAGGAGAAGACCCUCAACCUGGCGGAGAACGCUCUGAAACAACAAGAGAAGCGAAUGGCCCAGAAGCACCAGGUGGAGAUGGGAAACCUGAUGCAGCAGCUGGCGGACGAGCGCGCCAGGAGCGACGAGCUGCAGACUACGCUGGACUUGCGCGAGGGCGAGUACCUGGAGUUCGAGAGGGCGGUGGAGAACGUGACCGCAAUGGAGGCUCACCUGUCCGAGAUGGACCCGACUACCGCGAACCAGGUGCAGGCAAUGGUCUCCGAGUUCAAGAGAGUUCAGCGCUACGAGCAGGAGACCCGACAUCGAGCGAACACGCUGCCCUUGCGAGAAACCAAGAGCGACUGGGAGCAAGCCGUGGCCACGAUGAAGCAAGCGGUGGACAUGGUGAACCAGAAUGUGAACGUAGGCCAGAACGUCAGAUCGUGGGAUGGAACGCGAGUGUUGCAAAGUGCUACGCCUAACAUGGUGCGUCGUUGGAGGGCCAGGCCUCUUCCCUUCCUGGACGACUUUGUGGUGGUCUCCAAGAAUGGUGUCCUGCAGCGAAUGGACCGGCAGGACGUGGAGGGCCUGCACAGCCUGGAAGACGAGGAGGUCUAUGUGGUGGUCAAAGAGCCCGAGCUGUACUUGGAGCACCAGAGCGACGAGACCAAGAUCGACAAGGCGAAGUCUGAUCAGAUCCUGGACUACCUCGUGGGGGCUAGUGCCGGGGUUGACGCCAUGACCAUAGACCUAAAGGGCGUCAACCAGAAUGCGGUGUGGAAGGACAUCGAGAGCCAAGGUCCCAAAGUAAUAUACCUGAACAAGGUGGCGUCGGAGCAGUCGUCGCUGGCUUGUCGCAUCGCGAGACAUCAGUGGAGGAAGGGCCGUGGCUUCGUAAUCAGUGCCUUGGGGCCGCUGUCAUCAGGCUUGAAGAACCUGAAGGAGGCCACUUCAGAAGGCACCGCGUCCUACCUGCUAUACCGCAAGAAGUACCAGAUCACAAACUUCAAGGACGCAGUCAAGUAUGCCAUGGCGAAGGGCAAGCCGCCCCGAGCGGAGGGGGCAAUCAUGGACUAUAACCUCGAAUGCUUCCCCGGAGAGGUCGCAGAGCAGGACAUCUUCGACGAGCUCGACCUUCGCCCGAUGGACACAGUGGACGAACGUCCUGAAGACUCGGUCGUCCCGGUGGGUGAGCCUACAAGACAAGAAAAGGAGGCAGUGAUGAAGCUGCAUCGAAACUUGGGACACCCCAGCUUGGCGGAUCUGGCGCGAACUCUGAAGAACUGGUACUUGAACAUGAUUUGCCUGGGCACCUCCUUCCAGAUGGUGGAAAAGCUACGAAGCAAAGAGCCCGUGAGUGUGUGGGCGGCCUUUACCAGAACGUGGGGGCGCUUCUUAGGAAUGCCACAGAUCCUCCUUCUGGACCAAGGGCGAGAGUUCUUGGGCGAAUUUCGAGACCGAUGCGCGGAACUAGGCGUGCUUCUGCACGUUAUUGGGGCCAGGGCGCCACACCAGAACGGGCGCUGUGAAAGGCACGGCGGCCUCUUCAAGCAGAUGAUGGAAAAGGCGAAGUGGCAGAAUCCUCCGUGCUCAGAGGAUGACCUCAGGUUGCUGACACGUGAGGUGGAAGCAGCCAAAAAUCGCCUCUUCAAUCGCUCCGGCUUUUCUCCAGCUCAAAGGAUGCUGGGGCAGACAGCGCGGACCAAUGGGGAGCUCAUGUCGGACGAUGCCAUUGACCCCGCGCUGGUGAACCACGGUGAGGAGGUGGAAAGAGUGUUGGCAGCGCGCAGGGCUGCCCAGAAGGCGUUCGUGGAGACCAACCUGUCCGAGGCGGCUAAGCACGCUCUCCGAGCCAGGAAUCGCGUGCACCGAACCUUUCAGCCGGGAGAGAUCGUCUACAUUUGGCGGUCGUGGAAGGAUAAAGGUGUGCUUAAGCCUAACUGGGUCGGGCCAGGCGUCGUUUUGAUGCCUGAGGGAGCGAACUGCUACGUCAAUGUGUUGGGCAGACUUUGGAAGGUCUGCAACGAGCACGUGCGGGAGGCCACGUCGGAGGAGGUUCGCGGAGUGGAAGCUGUGCAUGAAGUGUUCCAAGACCUAAAGGAGCGCUUCAAGAAGUCGAGCAGUCGUUUAAUCGAGGACCACACGGGCGACCCACUUCCACCAGGAGUUUCCCGAGGAGCCAUAGUUCGCGAAGCUGGCGAAGAUGAAGUGAGCGCAGAAGGCCUACAUCGAGGGCUACCCCGAGUGAGGAUUGACGAGCCGGAGACGCCCGUGGUGCCUAUACCCAUUCCGCCAGAAGAACUUCCCGAUCCAGCGCAACUGCCAGAAACUCCAGUGCCAGAAGUCCCAGCAGAGCCAGCAAGGCAAGCAUCAGCGCCGGAGCCCGAGGCAGAGAUAGAGGUUCCCGAACUCCCCGUUCCUGAAGCUCCCGGUCGAGAAGAACGACUACGCGCAGCUGUGGACUCCGCGGUGCAGAGCCAGAGAUUGGACGGUGUUCCCCCAAGAGCGCCAAGCAGGCUAGCAGAGGCGGAGAGCAGCGCCGGGUAUGAGCCGGUGCGAUCUUCCCUGAGAAGGCAGCAGGAGCCGGGCAACCCAUACUCGUUCUUUGGCCAGGAUGAGUUUGAGGAAGGACCGACGCCAGUUCCACCUCGGCGACAAAGCGAAGUGCAGCGUGACACCUGGGAGCUAAAGCCGGCCCUGGGCGUCCUGAGAAGGCAUCACGUUCGCUGGCGCAGCGCGAUGUGCACACCCUGGGAGACGACGAGGCUGCCAGUCAAGCUGGAAGAUCUCACAGGAGAGAGGAAGACGAUGGCGAAGAUGAAAGAUGGAAGCGUGCAAGAAGUGGAGGACGAUUGGAAGAGUUUGAAACCCCAGCGAGAUCUGAAGGCCAAAUGGAAAGGCUUCACCGACUUCUAUGUCACCAAGAAGGCCUUAAGGAACCUGAAGCAUGUAACGUCGAAAGAGGUCCCCAACUUUGACGUGGAGACGACCGAAGCGUAUACGUUCAUGGUCCUCAAUGCCGAGACCUUCGUCAUGAAAAAGGUGGCGACGGAUGAGGUAAGCGAGGCCGACAUUCCCGAAGAGGAGUGGCCAGCCUGGCGACUACAAGACGCUGAAGAGUGGAGCAAAAUAGAAAGUUCCGGCGCGAUGAAGGUGCUGUCGGUGGAGGAGUCGAGAAGAGUCCUCAAGGAGCUGGAGUCGCAGGGCAAGCUGAACCGGGUGAUCGGGUCAAGAAUGGUCCGAAGGCUGAAGCCCGGGGAACAGAUUGGCGAGACACCGUCAAAGAAGUCUCGCUUUUGCGUGCGAGGUGACAUGGAUCCCGAUGCUCUGGACUUGGAAAGAUACAGCCCGACGGUCACGACGCAGAACUUGCAAGUGGUUUUGCAGCUGGCCGCAAGUAUGAAGCUGAAGGGGUCCUGCGGGGACCUGAAAGCAGCCUUCACCCAGUCGGACCCUCUCUUGAGACCAGGCGGCAAGCUCUACGUGAGGCAGCCAAAAGGGGGUCUACCGAACAUGGACCCAGAACAGAUCAUCGAAGUGGUGGCCGGCGUUUACGGGCUCAUGGAUGGUCCCAUACAUUGGCGCCAGACGCUGAAGAGCUACAUCGUGAAGGACUUGAACUACAAGCAAAGCAGGCUAGACCCAACCAUCUUCGUUAAAUACUUAGAGGGCACCGUUGAAGGGAUCAUAGUGAUAGAGAUCGAUGACUUGCUGUGCUUUGGCAACCGAGAUCAUGAAGUUCAGCUGGCAAAACUGCGCGAGCGCUUUAAAUUCGGAAAAUUCAAGCAGUUGAUGCAGCUCUUGGAUGGCACGACAUUCAACGGGCGACGCGCAGACGCGACGGAGGAAGAGAAGAACAAAUUCAGAGGUGCCGUAGGAUCUUUAGCGUGGGCCGCCAAGGAGUGUCGUCCAGAUGCCGCCGCUGGAGCCAGCAUAAUGGCAUCCAAGUUGAGCACGCUCAAGAUCAAGGACAUUCUCGAGCUGAACCAGUGCAUCAAUAAGGUGCGCGCUUGGCCAGACCUCACCUUGCGCUACUUCCCAAUAGAGUGCGAGGACCUGAGAUGGGGCGUGGUCACGGAUGCAAGCUUCACCAACUACAGCGACGGCUCCACCCAGGGGGCCUUGGGAGUCAUAGCAUUCCACAAGGACAUGUUGCAGGGGCACGAAGCUACCUGCUCGCUGGUCUGGUGGAAGAGCGGAAAGCUGAGAAGAAAAGUGAACUCAACCUUGGCCGCCGAGACUCAAUCGCUCAACAAAGGUCUAGGAGAUCUUCUGUGGGCGAAAGCAAUCUGGAAUGACUUGAUCCAGGAGAAGUUCAGCCUCGAAGUUUUCAAAGAGAACGCCAGAGCCCAGGCCGAUUUGGUGCUGCAGAGUGCCAAGGCAGAUCACACGCUCAAAGAUUCGCUGACAGUUGUGGAUGCGAAGUCGCUCUACGACAACCUCCGAAAGGAGGGUUCGCUGGCCCAAGACAAGUACACCGCGCUGGACUUGGCGAUAGCUCGUGAGAGAAUGGAUGGCGUAGGCGCCGAAGUCCGCUGGGUUGAGCAUCAAGCCAUGAUUGUAGAUGCCCUCACAAAGAUUCAAGGCAACGCUGAGGCCCUAAAGAAGCUCUUAGAAAAAGGGACAUACCAGUUAGUUGCCGAAACCGAAAGGCUUGAAGAGCGGGCUGAGCGCCGAGAUGCCGGGACCGUGAAACAUCGGUGA